CUUACUUAUCCCCUUCUUCGCUCUCUCUCCCCUCUUUUACUCGUGUAAUCCACUCUGCUCACCUCAUUAUUACACCGCUUGUCUCUCGCCUUCUCUUGUCUGCAGCUCUGACCCUCUUUUUUGACUUUGACUUGCAUAGCCCCCCCUACCUUCUGGCCUUGCUUCCUCGGCAGUACUUUGCACUCGUUUGCACCACGCACUUUUGAGACCACACCCUCAACUUCGCUCUUUCCCUCUCAACCAUAUAAAAGGCUGUACCUCGUUCGCUAUCCGACUCUCUCUUCAGCUUCGAUCCACGUUCAGAUCUCAAGCUAUCCCCCGCUCCACCCUCGCUCGGCGCUCCUGUAUAUAUCAGCUUCUCGCUAGUCAACCAAUCUAAGCCAAGACAUUUCGAAAAUGUUCGCUGCCGUACCCGUCGCACUUCUCACCCUCGCCCUCACCUUCACGGCCACCGCCGUUCCCGUCAAGCGCGGCGAGUCGGACUGGGCCUGGGGUUACCUCGAGAAUUACAAUGCUUACCACAACCGUUAUGAGGCCCUCGCCUGCCAGGACCAGCACGGCACGAGCUUCUUCGACCAGUGCUGCCAUCCUCUGCUGGCGACUCAGUCUCUGAGUGACCGUCCCAGCUACUGCACUCCCUCGUCGGGGUCCGCUACUUCUACUUCUGCCGCAGCGACCCCCACUGACGGUUCCGGCGAUGAUUGUCCCGAUGACCCUUCUAGCACUUCCGACUCUGGCGCCGGCUCCACGGACGCGGGCGGUGCUGGUGGUUCGGCCAACGCUUCCCCGGACCCCACAAACAACGGUGGCUCGGGCAACACAAACGACAACGGCAACACAAACGAUAACGGCAACACAAACGAUAACGGUAACACCAACAACAACGGCAAUACAAACGACAAUGGUUCAAGCAACACGAACAACGGCGGCUCCGUUGUGACUGGCGGCUUCGGUACCUACUUCUACCAGGGUGGCAAUGCCGGUGCUUGCGGCACCGUCCACAGCGACAAUGACCUCAUCGCUGCCAUCGAUAUCGCGUACUACGGCAACACAGGUGCUGUCUCCAGCUGGUGCGGCCAGAGCCUCCUUGUCGAGAACACCGAGAACGGCAAGACCGUCACCGUCACCGUAGCCGAUGUCUGCCCCACGUGCGACAACGCGAACUCGCUCGAUCUCUCUGUUGCCGCCUUCGAGGCCCUUGCUCCUCUCAGCGAGGGUCAGAUCUCCAUCCAAUACACGGUGCUAAACUAGAUGCAGCGCGUCUAGUCCUGUGGACCAUCUGUUUCUAUUCUUCUGGUUUACGCGUGGUCUCUCUUCUUUUAUUAUGCUAGGGUGUAAAGAAGUGUACGCGCUUGCGCGUGCAUAUUGCGAUAUGUUUCUGAAGCAUGCCCCAUGUCGUGGCAUGGGACGUUGUUAGUGCUGGUUGCGUCGGUGUGGAUAUUGGAAGGGAGAAUGUCUUUCGUUGGGAUCACAGGUUGUUUCUCCAUCAUCUCAUGCCUCUCCCUCCUUACCUACAUCACUCGAUCGCUAAUAGCUCCUGGAUUACCUGUAGCACAGCCGUCCACUGGGAAUAGCUUAUCACCUAGAUGGUGCUAUGAAAAGAUUAUUAACCGAGCAUGUUCCUCGC